CCGAUCACUAUAUAUAGCGCGCCGCCACUAGAACUGUAAACAAUCAAUCGUGAACAAGAUGUUGAGAAACGUUUUAAAGCUACAUCGUUCCUUACAAGGGGCGGUUUCAUCAAUUUACAAACGAUAUGGAACAAGAGCGCUAGCCCGUGUCGAGAUGACAGAUGCUGCUAGCGAUGGAUCAGUAAGGACACUGGAUCCUGUCAAGACUCAUGAAAAAUACGACAGAUAUAUGGUGUACACGAGUCAAACGCACCAUAGACUUCACUACAAUUUGGAAGAAUUGACUGAAAAACUGCAGAAAUUCUUUGUAGAGAAACUACUGGAGCAAAUGAAGGUGCUCGUCAAAGAAAAUGAGACUAUACGAAUCAGCUUUAAUUUUGUGAAUGAAAAUGUGUUCAGAUGUCAUUUGAAUAUGCCAAUAAGGAAACUUGGAUUCAAGUCGUUCUUCAAAAGAUAUAAUGAUGACAGAGGUUUAGCUGUAUUUUCUUUGAAAAGUGGACGAGAUGUACCAGUUGAUAAUAGCAAUACGGGCUCAUACAAUAGAAUGGCAUAUAUAAAACAGUAUCGGCAGUUAAUGUUUUUAGGCCUGUAUAUGAUAUCUAACAAAUAGACACGCUAUGGUAACAAAUGGAUGCUAUACAGAAAUCGAAAUCUGCAAUAUUGGCUCAUGCAUAGAAAACAGAAUUCUAUGAUUUUUCACAGAUAACAAACACAUUGGCUAGCUGCGUUUUCCUGAAGGAGUCAGAAGAGACAGAAAAUGGAUUAUAGCAAUAUUGGUUCAUGUGAAUGAAUGGCAUAUAUGUGUUAUAAGUCCAGCUUCACGGUUAUUUUUCUGUGAGAACUAUAUAUUUACUUUUUACAUGUAUAUCAUUUUACCAUAUUGAUCUUGUAAAAUCGUUUUUAUUUUUGUAGUACUUUACAUGUUAUGUUUUAAUAAAUAGUAAACAGAAGCGAUGUCGAG